AUGAAUGUCUUAUACUGUUUAAACAUCCAUGUAGAGCUCGAGGAAACUCGCUGCCCAGCAUCAUGGACAGAGUUUGGUGGGGAUUGCUACAGAUUCUUUGACGUCUCCAAGACCUUCGAUGAAAGCGAGACAAACUGUCAGAGCUACAUCAACAACCAUGACCAACCAGCUCAUCUCGCCUCGAUCACGUGCGAUGAGGAAAAUGAGUUUGUGACUGAAUUGAUCGCUAGUUCAUCCGGCAUAGAUGCUCAGAGGACAUGGAUAGGUGGUUCAGACAGAGACCAAGAGGGUACAUUUGAGUGGACGGAUAACAAAGUGCAAGAAUACAGCAACUGGAAUGUCAACCAACCAGAUAAUGCGCAGAACGAAGAUUGCAUUGAAAUCAACUUCAAGAACCUUGGUGCUUGGAAUGACCUUCCGUGCAGCCAGACUUUCCCCUCAAUCUGCAAAAUGCCAGUCUAUGACCCGAUGACAGCCUGCCAAGCACUGGCCGAACAAAUCAACAAACUUGUUGGCGAGUGCAGAGAAGCAGUUCCCUCUCGAAAAUAAUAAUCGCGAUUCAACGUCCAUUAAACGGUAGCCAACAUUAACCGCAAGUUUUCUCAGAAACAGUUUAAUGCAAAGGAUUUUAUUUUGUCCCAGAUUAUGUUUGCUUUCUAAUGAAGUCAUAUAAAUGUAUGCCUAUUUUCAAUAAAUAUAUUCAAAAGGGUUUCUCAGACUUAACAAAAUGAGAAGGAUUGCAUUUUUUCCAGAUUCUGUUUGCUUUCUACUGAAGUCAUAAAUGUAGGCCUAUUUUCAAUAAAUAAAUUCAAAAGGGGUAUGAUGUUUGGUGGAUUUACAUCAAAUGAACCAAUUGUUUACAAAAUACAUGUACAAACUAUCGGAUGGAAUAACCCAUUACUGUGGUAGUAAACACUUGUUUUGAUAAUAAUAAAAGUAUGUUCAGCUACCAUGAUGACCUAUAAAAAGUCUUUUAUUGUUUGGCGUGUUUGGCACAUUUGUUUGUAAUAUUCUCUCCAGCCAAUUUACAUUAGGAUGGACUAUCAGAAUUUUUAUUUUAUUUGGGUUGACCUGGAGUCACUCUAUUUGGUUCGACGCGACUAUGGAGCGCCUGUCUGCAGGGCUUGAAAUUAAUAAUAAUUUUUAUAAUUUGGGAGGCUAUAAUCAUCCUUCUUCCCAUUAAGAGCUGAAUUGCGAAGGACGCAGCUACAACGUGUUCGAGAAGCAGGCAUGCAAGGGCGCUUUAGCAUACACCCCAAGGGCAUCUCAAAACGCUUCCAACAUGAGUACCCCCUGGUCAUCCACUGGGUCAUUUAAUUCAUUCCUUAAACCAUCUCGGCGCCCUUGGGAGUAUACAGCCUGUGCUGCCAAAUAUGUAGCGCCUGAAUCAAUCGCAAGAACCAUCUCUGCCCUCACAGGUGUUCAAUUACGCACAGCGAUAAAUUUAUUUUACAGCUUUAUGUUCUAUAUUACACUGCUAUCCACCAAUCAGAAUUGAGGAUUCGCAUAAGCUGAAUACAAACUAAAAUACAAAAUACAGAUCUAUAUAUUUUAAUACAAUUUAAAAAACUCAGAAUCUUUUUACAUUUUUUUAACACAUAAAGAGAACUUUUUCCCUCACGAAUUUUUGUCAGUGAUUAGUUUUAAAAAAUAUAGCCAAAAGCCACUUAUGGUAAACAAUUUUUUAAUGUGAAAAACGUAAAAAACUGGACGGAUAGAAUGGUUACGGAUAGUGGGCUGAGAGAACGAAAAAAAUGAAAGCGCAUCCAUCGAGUAGAGUUUCUGCCGUGCUAGCAGAACUCAUAUGGACAUCGAGCCCCCUGAUGUUGGUCAGCCCUUGUACUCAAUAAGAUUGUCCUACUUUUUUUCCACUGGCCAAGUAUCUUCCCCGGCCUCGGAGAAAGUGACAAAAUGUCAUCAGUGUGAUAAUGAAACGGUACUCAACCAGACGCACUAGACGUCAAACAGUUUCUCCAAUGCAGGAUUGCCUCCGUGGAGGUCACUUCCUGAUAGGUGCAGAAAAGAAAACUUGAAUCUUUCAUGAUACUGCUGGAGACCCGGGCCCACUUUCAUGGCUCUACUUACCGCCGAAUUCUGCGCUUAGGAUCACAAUUC